AUGGAGUUGAUUUGUCUUCGACUUUUCAAAACUGAAACGCUGUUCCCACUGAAAGCUCUCAACCGAUGUCGGACGCGUCACCGUUUAACUUCGCUACGAGCGAUUCGAGAGAAGAACAAAUGUACAGUUGACAAAAAACCUAGACUUCACGGGCUUCAGCCGUCCUGUUGUCUGCAGUCAACCACGUUACUACAUUUGACUCAGCCGGCACCUUUGCAGACAGCAACACCAAGACUCUGGUCUUUCAGUGCCCCGGAUAAGAGAACUCCUUUUCUCCGCGUCGCAGCGGCGAGUCAGUCCGCACAGCUGUUCCACACGUCGGGUCGACUAAGAGCCAUAACCACCCCCCUCAUAUUGCUGGUCAUUAAACCUAUCCAGAAGCUUCUUGCUAUUAUAUUGGGCAGGAGUAUCAGGAAGUGGUGGGUCGCCCUGCCGCCAAACAAACGGCAGCUGCUGCGUGAAACGCUGUGGAGACGGCGCUGGCACCUGGCGGCCGGAGGAGCCACUCUGCUGCUCUUCAUCUCGCUCUUCUUCCUCACCCACCUGGAUGAGUGUCCAGUGACGGGGAGGACCAGACUGCUGGUCUUCUCCAGAGAGAACUUCAUGGAGCUGGCUACGCUCACGACAGAGGGGUACAUGGAGGAGUUUAAGGAGAUGCUGGUUCCGGUAUCAGACCCCAGGCAUCAGGUGGUGGAGCGAGUGGUGCAGCACCUGGCCCAGAGGAACCAGGACAUCGCUGAGGUUUCUGCAGUGCCGUGGAGCGUGCACGUGGUGGAGGGACCCACCAUCAACGCAUUUGUCCUUCCUAAUGGGAAAGUGUUCAUCUUUACUGGAAUGCUGGAGGCUGUGGCAGAUAUCCACCAGCUGACCUUUAUUAUUGGUCAUGAGAUGGCUCACGCUUUGAUUGGACACUCGGCGGAGCAGGCAACCAUGUCCCACGUGGUGGACCUCCUGUCUCUGAUCCUGCUGACGGCCAUCUGGGCGGUGUGUCCGCGGGACAGCCUGGCUGCACUGGGUCAGUGGAUCCAGGGCAAACUGGUGCAGUUCAUGUUUGAUCGUCCGUAUAGCAGGAAGUUGGAGGCGGAGGCUGAUCAGGUUGGACUUCAGCUGGCGGCUAAGGCUUGUGCAGAUGUGCGGGCGGGUCCCGUGUUUUGGCAGCAGAUGGAAAUUUCAGAUCAGCUGAGGGGGGAGCCCACCAUCCCCGAGUGGCUGUCCACACACCCUUCCCACAGGAACCGGGUCACUCAGCUGGAUCGCCUUGUUCCGGAGGCCCUUGAGCUGCGAGCGAGGUGUGAGUGCCCCCCCCUCCCGGCCAGCGACCCCCGGGUCGUCUUCUCUAAGAGCGUACGUGUGCUGCUGGAGAGUGUGAAGAGAGAUGGGCUGGACGGGAGACAAAGAGGAGCAGAGGAGAAACAGAAACCGUCCCUUUCACCUCCUCAGGGCCCCAAAGUGGCCAUCCAGGGGCCCCGGACACAGCUGGGCGGGGUACUGGUGGCCCCCGCCGCUCUGGUCGACGGCGGAGAUGGGACUGAGGAAAAAAUCAGACCUUGUCAAACGUAA